UCUGGCUGUAUGGUGACAGAGGAGGGAUGUUGUUAUGUGUCUUCAGCUCUGAGUUCAAACCCCUCACACCUGAGAGAGCUGGAUCUGAGCUACAAUCACCCCGGAGAUUCAGGAGUCAAGCUGCUCUCUGAAAAACUGGAGGAUCCAAACUAUCAACUGCAGAUACUCAAUGUGGAUCAUGGGGGAGAGAUCAUGAUAACAGCAGGACUACAAAAGUAUGCCUGUGAUCUCACACUGGAUCCAAACACAGCAAACAUUCGUCUCGUCCUGUCUGAUGAAAACAGGAAGAUGACACGUGUGUUAGAGGAACAGCCGUAUCCUGAUCAUCCAGACAGAUUUGAUGAUAUUCCUCAGGUUCUGUGUGUAGAGAGUCUGACUGGACGCUGUUACUGGGAGGCUGAAUGGAUUGGGCAUGCUGAAAUAUCAGUGGCAUAUAAAGGAAUCAGCAGGAAAGGAUGCAUCGAUGACUGUUGGUUUGGAUUCAGUGACAAAUCCUGGAGUCUGGGGUGUUCUGAUGAAGGAUUUGCUGUCCGACACAAUAAUAAUUACACUGAUUUACCUGCCAACCGUUCUUCCACUAAGAGAGUAGGAGUGUAUCUGGACUGGUCGGCUGGUACGCUGUCCUUCUACAGCAUCUCUGACACACACACACUCACACACUUACACACAUUCAACACUACAGUCACUGAACCCCUCUAUGCUGGAUUUAGGGUUUAUUCCUCAGUGUCUCUGUGUCGGAUUAAAACACAAACACACACUUGUAAACCCUCUCUCUAAUGUCCACAUGCACACAAACUCAUCAAAUCCCACAUUUGUAUUAAUUCAUUUUUAAUGAUUUUCAUUGCCAUCUAGAAGUUAGAAAUCUAGAUUUGACACAUACUGUUCUGGAUCUCUAAAAAAAUACAGAGUUCUGGCAUGAAACUCUAGAUGGCGCAGUCCG